UCCUUUAUUUUGAGUUUGGAGUACAAAUCAGCUUUUUAACGUCUAUUUAUAUAUUCAUAAAAACAUUUUAAAGUAGUAUAAUAGUACAUUUCUCAGAUUUAACAGUAACUUGAGGAGUUAUACGUUUUUCUGUGUUUCAAGGUUCAGUUUUGUUUAUAUUUGUGUAUAACCACAUAUAAGCUCCAGGUUGUACUUCAGCAAAAUGCCAAGAAAAGGUCAAAGGUCUCAGUCCCAGAAGCUUAGACGUCAGAAGGAGAAAGAACAGGUGAAUGUUUCUCAGAGCAGUGAGCAGGUAAAGGUGUGUGUUUCAACUUGUCCCAGCACUGAAGUGCAGAGCAGUGUUCAGACAGCCACAGUGUCUUAUGCAGAUGUGGUAAAGAGAGGUGUUCCCUCAGUGUCUGUCCCAGAGCCUGAAGUUAUGCAGGUAAUCCAGACUGAACCCCAGCUAACUGUACAAACACAGCAUGAUGAACAAGCUCCAGUACAGUCUCAUGUACAGGUUACAAACAGUGAAAGUCGUCCACGAGUGAGUAGCAUCUGUGCGUCCCGAAGCCAGGCUUCUCCUAGGUAUGGAAAGUACCGGAAUCAGCAAUGCAUGGCUAACAGUUUGUUUUCCUGUCAUUCUUACACGAGGAUGAAUUUAUUACCAGAGCAGAUCUAAACCGUGUGUUGGACAAAGGCCAUGCCAUGCAUUCAGAUGCCAGAAAGAGGUUUGUGAACAGCGUGUUUCUAGCCACUGAUGAGCUUCCCACAGUGGUCACCAGCCGCAGACACGAGUAUCAAGUCGACAUGUCUCAGUUAGCUCAUUACGGCACAUUUGAUGGUACAGAUCACCUUCUGAGCCUUGAACAAGGACUACAGUGUUUGGCUUCAGACGUUCGCUACGCUUUGCUAGUCAUGGGAGGAACAGUCAUCGCUGUUUGCAGGCUGACUUCAGGUGAAUAUGCAUAUUUUGACCCUCACCCACGUAAGUCUACUGGUAUGCCAUUGUCGCUAAGUGUAAGUGGUGGAACUGCAGUCAUGUUAAGAUUCACAUGUCUCAACGACAUGAUUGACAGGAUCAAACGUUUGUACCGAAUGUUUAGCAUCGCCCCAUCCUGCACUUAUGAGCUACAGCCUGUCGAGUUUCACAGUGGAAACGCUGCUGACCAAAGAGAUGCUGAUGAAAACAGACAAACAGCUACAACUGUUCCAGCACCAGCUUUAAAUGAAGCUGUUCAUGAAAUAAACUCCCAGACACAGAAGACUGUGAGAGACACUUUAACCACUGAAGUGACAUCAUCCAGAGUGGAUUAUUCAAAUGAGACAGCUGCUACUGAAAACAACCAUCUUCCUUCUGAGUAUUUAGAAAAAGAAACACCUGCAUCCUCUGUGAGAGAAACGCAGGUAACAUCAGAUUCUGUUCCUCAGAAUGAUUCAAACAUUGCCUCCUGUUUAACUAAGACAACAGAGGAACUUUCACAAAAACUGCUGAAAUAUAAUAAACAGCAAAAGAGAAAAAUAAGGAGAAGAAUAUUAGCCCAAGAAAAACUACCACAGAGAAAGGAAAAUCAGAAAAAGAAAGAAAGGCAGAUGUACAGGUUUGAUGAAAGCUUCAAGACAAAGAAAAAAAACUCAACCAGGAAGUGUAAUGAUCCUGAUCAGAGACAGAAAAGGAGUCUGUACAAAAAUGAACUGUAUAAAUUAAAUGCUACCUAUAAGGAGAAACAGAGAGAACAUUUUAGAAAGAUGUAUAGAGAAAGUGCUAAAAUGAGAGAGAGAAAAAGAGAAUGUGUCAUAAGGACAUAUAAAGACAAUCCCCUAUUCAGAGAACAGCAGAAGGAACGUAUAACAAGAACGUAUAGAGAGUCUCCCCUAUUCAGAGAAAAGCAGAAGGAACGUAUAACAAGAACAUAUAGAGAGUCUCCCCUAUUCAGAGAAAAGCAGAAGGAACGUAUAACAAGAACAUAUAGAGAGUCUCCCCUAUUCAGAGAAAAGCAGAAGGAACGAAAAUAG